AUGCUGUCAACACAGGAGGCUAUUCCGCAAAACGACCAUCCGUCAUAUGAGGUCAGCAUGAAAGUGGAUUACGUUGUCCAACUCGCCAGAGCAAGUGCAACUUCAGUAACGGGAAAGACUAGCAAGAAAGAGAGUUCCAAGGGUGGUAAGGGGGGCAAAGGCGAUUCCUCAGGAAGUGGCACUGGACACACUGCAGCUACAGCAAGUAGCUCCAAGGGUGGUUCACACACCGCAGAUACUAAACAUACGGCUUCAAGCUCGAAAGGGAAGGGAGACAGUAGCUCCAAAGGGAAAGGAAAGGGAGACAGUAACUCCAAAGGGAAAGGGAAGGGAGACAGUAACUCCAAAGGGAAAGGAAAGGGAGACAGUAACUCCAAAGGGAAAGGGAAAACGAGCAAGAAAAGCAGCAGUUCCAAGGGAAAGUCUGCAUCACACCCCAGUGAAAAAACUGUUCACACAGUGUCUAGUCAGUCUACGAAACACACUGUUGUUAGCGAAGACACUGUUCAUACUGUGCCCAGCCAGUCCACAAAGCAUACUGUUCCCAGUGUAGACACUGUUCACACUGUGCUUAGUCAUCCCAGUGAAAAAACCGUUCACACUGUCUCUAGCCAGUCGACAAAGCACACUGUUCCUAGUGAAGAUACCGUUCACACCGUGCCUAGUCAGUCUACGAAGCACACUGUUCCCAGUGAAGACACUGUUCAUACUGUGCCUAGCCAUCCCAGCGAAGGUUCGUCUUCCAAAUCCGGCAAGGGCAAGUCCGGUAGCAGUUCCAAGGGCAAGGGCAAGUCCGGUAGUAGUUCCAAGGGCAAAGGCAAAGGCGGCUCGAAAGGCAGUAGCAGCAGUUCCAAGGGCAAGGGAAAGUCCGGUAGCAGCUCCAAGGGCAAAGGCAAAGGCGGCUCGAAAGGCAGCAGCAGUUCCAAGGGCAAAGGCAAGGGCGGCUCGAAAGGAAGCAGCGUAUCACACCCCAGUGAGGACACCGUUCACACUGUACCAAGUCAAUCUUCAAAGCAUACUGCUCCUAGUGAAGACACCGUUCACACUGUGCCUAGCCAGUCUACGAAGCAUACUGCUCCCAGUGAAGAUACUGUCCACACUGUGCCUAGUCAAUCCACGAAGCAUACUGCUUCCAGUGAAGAUACUGUCCACACCGUGCCUAGUCAAUCUACGAAGCAUACUGCUCCUAGUGAGGACACCGUUCACACUGUGCCAAGUCAUCCCAGUGAAGAUACUGUCCAUACUGUGCCAAGUCAUCCCAGUGAAGACACCGUUCAUACUGUCCACAGUAGCUCCAAGGGAAAGUCCGGCAAAGGAAAAUCCGGUAGCAGUUCCAAGGGCAAGGGAAAAUCCGGUAGCAGUUCCAAGGGCAAGGGAAAAUCCGGUAGUAGUUCCAAGGGCAAGGGAAAAUCCGGUAGCAGUUCCAAGGGCAAGGGAAAAUCCGGAAGCAGUUCCAAGGGCAAGGGAAAAUCCGGUAGUAGUUCCAAGGGCAAGGGAAAAUCCGGUAGUAGUUCCAAGGGCAAGGGAAAAGGAAAGGGCAACGAUGGCAUCACAUUCCCGAGUUUGACCACAAUAUCUAGUCCGGAUGAUUUUGAUGAUCUUCCAAAUGAGGAUGAUACUUUCAUUAUAAUCCCAAGUCCGGAUCGAGCUGCUCUGGACAAUUGCAUACUGAACGUCGUCAAAGUUGAUGGAAUGGUCAACGAAGUUUUCGAAUGUACAGCCAAACAAGACUACAACUUUGCGCAAAAGUGGGUUACGCUGGACUCGACGCUGACUUGUCCCGCAGCAGAUGUUCGGAACGUUGGGCUACCCAUGGCUUCCAAAGAUCCCAAUGUUGGCUGUGAAUGCAAGACCGAGCUGACCACUUGGGUCUUUUGGGUUUUGGGGAUUGAGGACGAAACCAAGAACAUGGACUGCAACUGCUUUGCGUGUCCCCCCAACACGGAAAUCGGAAGGCGUGGUGGGUUUGGGUAUCAGUGCGAAAGUGCAAUCACUGGACAGUGUUUGAAUUUUGACUGCGAGGGCAGAUGCAAUGGUAUGGAUCCUGCCAUUCUUCCUCCCAUUCUUGGAUUCCUCCCACCGGCCGCAGGAUCCCCUACCUCGACAACUCCUCGACCAACCCCUUCUCCAACGGAUCCUGCCCGAACCGUUGCUUCGGGAGUCUCAAGUGCAAUUUCUGUGAAUUGGUUCGUGCUUGCCUUUUUUGUCAUGAAGUCCAUAAUGCGAUGA